UGUGUGAGGAGAAAUGAGAUGAAAUGAAGAUAUGCGACAUGAAUGACGUGUGUAAUCUUCUGUCACUUACUUUCUUACUCAGUUGCGAGACUCAGAUGAAGAUUAAUAAUAAUAAUAAUAAUAAUAAUAAUAAAAUAAUUGGUAUAUAAGUAUGGACACUCCUAAAGACUUGCAAAGUAGCUAGCAGAGAAGCAGAGAAGCAGAAAGAAAAAGAGAGAGAAAAAUGGGGAGAAGCCCUUGUUGUUCAAAGGAGGGUUUGAAUAGAGGUGCUUGGACAGCUGAUGAAGACAAAAUCCUGAGAGAAUACAUUACACUCCAUGGUGAAGGAAGAUGGAGAAACCUUCCCAAAACAGCAGGUUUGAAAAGGUGUGGGAAAAGUUGCAGACUUCGAUGGCUCAAUUAUCUCAGACCUGAUAUUAAGCGAGGCAAUAUUACCUCUGAUGAAGAAGAACUCAUUAUCAGACUCCACAAGCUCCUGGGAAACAGAUGGUCUUUAAUAGCAGGGAGGCUUCCAGGACGAACAGACAAUGAAAUCAAGAAUUAUUGGAACACCAAUUUAGGUAAAAAGGUGAAAGAUGGCCACAAAACCUCAACCUCUUGUCGCACACAGAUCCCCAAUCCUAAACUAGAUUCCCACCUAGUCCGUACAAAAGCCACCAAGUGCACUAAGCUCUUUUUCCCUCACCCAUCAAUGCUGCAACUCCCCGACAACUCCCACCAACAACAAAACCUUGUCGCCGAUGCUGUUAUGACUCACCACCUGGAACUCACUACCACAGAUUUCAACGUCGGAGAUAUCUGUUUUUCUGAUCUUCUCGACUCCGAUUUCACCGAUAUCUGCAACAACGACCUCUUAUUCUCUCCUUCUUCGGACCAACCUUAUCAUCCACUGUGCUCCCAAGAACUUCUCAAGAACUGGACGCAAACCAAUUUCGCAGACCAAACCACUGCUUCAAACAACCUUCAUUCUUUCAUUUCGUUCCUCGACACCACCGAGGAAACACUGGGACAAUCAUAAUAAUGACUUCUAAGUUCUUCGUUUCUUCCCAAUAAAAUUCGUCACUUCAGGUUCCAUGUAUUAAACUCCUAUUGUCAUUCUAUUCCUAGUCAGGAUCACUUUCUUGUAACUAUUUUAAAUAUUCUUUUUACUGUUUAAUUGUUUCACCGGUGUAUAAUACUAGAAAAUUAAACAAUCUCUUUAUAAUAUACACAACAGCUAUCACAUUAAAAAUUUAAUUUUAUGUACA